AUAUAAAAACAAAUCAUAAAUAGGCUUUUUAACAAAUUUUUAAUUUAGUUGCUUCUAAAGAUACUAAAUUAUUAGAUAAAAAAGGCUUAAGAGAUUUAUUUUAAACAAUAGAUUAUUAAGUUUCAGAUGAUUAAUUUAAUGAAAUGGUUGCAAAAAUUUUUAAUAAAAAAGAAUUGAUUGGUUUUGAGGAUUUUCUAAAAAUUUUUAAUUUAAAAUUAACUGAGUACACCUUUAAUGAUGUCUAAAAUGCUUUCAAGUUACUUGCAAAGGAUGAUGAUAAAUAUAUUGGAGUCGAAAAAAUAAAAAUAAUACUUUCUAAAAAUGGUUUAUAAGAUAAAGAAAUAGAAUUUUUAAUUCAUUAAUUAGAACCUUUUACAGAUGGAUAAAAAAGAGUUAAUUAUAAAGAAUUCUUAAAUAGUCUGACAUCUAUAUGAAACUAUAUAGAUACUUUAUAAAUAUUAUUGUUAUUUUUUUUUUUCAUUGAAUAAUAUAAUUUUUAUUCUUAUUUUCUUAAAAAGAAUUAUUUAUUUAAAAAAAUCGUUAAUAAUACAUUUUUUUAU